GUUGGUAUUGGAAUCAAAUCAAACGGUCAACAUCAUCGGCAUUCCAUCAAGCGGCUGCUGGUUGCAUCUUGAUCGGACCCACCUUUCCCUUCCUGAACGCUCCAAGUCGAAAUCACAUCCCAGUCCGUAUUCAUUUUUUUUAUUUUUUCAAUUUUGGCGCAUCAGAUUCCCAGCAAACCUGGCCUUCACGAGAGAGCUGGUGGAAGAUGGUAGAGACCAUGACGCUUUUCCCAGAUCUACAAAAAGCCUUCCUUUUAAUACCUAAAAUCCCCUUUCUUCCUCAAAAUGUUCCUAAAAAGAUCCAAAAUGCCUAUCCAAUCCAAUAGUUUGCCUCUAAAUAAAUAAAAAAAAAUCAGUGAUUUUUUUUUUUUACAUAGAGAAGAAAAUUAUUUGGAACUAACUUGUUUUCCAAAUCGUUAGGGUUCUUUCGAAAGUUUAACAUGGAGUCCGAACUCAAGGACCUCAAUUCAAAACCAGCCAAGACGACUCAAAAACCCGACCCGACCCACGACGAUGGCUCCACCAAAGACGACCGACCCCUCCUCAAGUCCGACUCCUCAUCCGCCGAUACCAACAUCCAGGAGCUUGAGAAGAAAUUCGCUGCCUAUGUACGCAACGACGUGUAUGGUACCAUGGGACGUGGCAAGCUCCCAUUGAAGGAGAAACUCCUACUGGGCAUCGCCCUCGUCACUCUGCUCCCUGUCCGCAUCGUUCUCGGGAUGACUAUUUUGGUUUUCUAUUACUUGAUUUGUAGAGUUUGUACGCUUUUCUUGGCCCCAAAUCGGGAGGACGAGCAGGAGGAUUACGCACACAUGGGCGGGUGGAGGCGAGCCGUGAUUGUUCGGUCGGGUCGGUUUUUCUCUAGGGUGAUGCUUUUUCUGGUAGGAUUUUAUUGGAUUAACGAAACUCAUAGAGAUUCAGCAAACACUCAAGAGAACUCAAAAACUGAGGGUAUCAAUCAAUCAGAAGAGCAAGAAAGACCUGGGGCAAUCGUAUCAAAUCACGUGUCGUAUUUAGAUAUCUUAUAUCACAUGUCCUCUUCUUUUCCAAGCUUUGUUGCCAAGAGAUCAGUAGCUAAAAUUCCUUUAGUUGGUCUCAUCAGCAAAUGCCUUGGUUGUGUCUAUGUUCAGCGGGAGUCAAAAUCAUCUGACUUCAAAGGUGUUGCAGGUGUUGUGACUGAAAGAGUUUGUGAAGCUCAUCAAAAUGAAUCUGCUCCAAUGAUGAUGCUCUUUCCAGAAGGAACAACAACAAAUGGAGAUUUCCUUCUUCCAUUCAAGACUGGUGCAUUUUUGGCAAGAGCACCUGUGGUGCCAGUUAUAUUAAGGUAUCCAUACCAAAGGUUUAGUGUGGCCUGGGAUUCAAUAUCAGGGCUGCGUCAUGUGGUUUUUCUUCUGUGUCAAUUCGUAAAUCGCAUGGAGGUAACAUGGUUACCUGUCUACUACCCCUCACAGCAAGAGAAAGAUGAUCCAAAACUAUAUGCUAAUAAUGUCCGAAGAUUGAUGGCCAGUGAGGGUAACCUGAUUCUGUCAGAUAUCGGACUGGCUGAGAAGCGAACGUAUCAUGCUGCUCUCAAUGGUUUGUUUUGUCAAAGCUAAUUUGGAUUCGCCAUCUGUAUAGUCAUUGUAUGAUUCUAUUAUUUAUGCAAAAGAUUAAAAUUUUUAAAAAAAUCCUAAGCAGAACAAGAGAUUUUAUUUUCAUCAGUUGGAAAUAUUUUCCUGGAGCUAAACUGCCCGUCUUAAAGCAGGCCUUUGAUGUCUAUACCUCUUCAGUUACUAGAGAUCCAGGAAAGUUUAAUUGUGUUCAGUGGAGGGAGCAUAGUGUUUUUGCUAUUUAAAUGUUUUUGCCAUUUCAGAGGCAUGAUUUAUAAAGUGCAUGGAUGAGGGGCAAGGGGGCUCUUCCUCGGUCGCGAACGCUUCUUCCAGUGCUCUGCUGCCACAUACAUGUGAUGAAUCUUGAAUCCUCCGCAAGUCUUUCAUACGUAUUCUGGGGCGUAGUAAUGUGUAUAAUUCAGGGUCUCCGGGUACAAGAUGGGAUCAAAUUGUGUGAACAUUUGUACAUUGGCAGGUUAAGAUCAUUGACAUUGUAGGCAGCCUCCGCGAAUCUGACAUGAAUUUGCUCUAUUAAGCAAUCCAUUCAGUGAUGCACUUCUUUCCAUGGUUCACCCAAAGACUAAAGGUUCUCGCCGAGAUUUUCUUA